CCGCGAAGAGUUUCUCCGCGGCCUCAGGACUCGGAGCUGUAGGCUGUGGAACUUGAAGGCGUGCGGCGCGUGGGUAUCAUUUUGCCAGAGAGGCGUGUGCCAUCGAUGCCAAUGGCAGUGGAUUUUAGAGGGAGAGUCCGCUGGGUGGCAGGUGUGCGUGGGAUUGACCAGAAAGAAUGUUGUGCGCGAUCUUUGGCGUGAGGUUAUCCUCUGACCUCGUCGAUGUUUGAAGAGGCUGAGGGUUGGUCGGAGUGCUCUGAGCAUCAAUGGAUGGAGGACUCGGAGAUGGACAAUAUGCCCCCACGUCAAUUAUAGCACAUAAGGUUCCAUUGCAAAGUCGCCUCCCACAGCCAAUCCAAGUUGGAGGUCUUGUUGAGCAAGUUGCAAAAAAUGACAAAGAGCACCGGCCUGAGAGGUCCUUCUUGAUAUCAUUUUCUCCUCAAACAUCUCUGUCUUCGGAGAAUUCCGAUUUGACCCCUUUCACGUCCACGGCAUCUGAGGUUGACGUGGAAGAAAGCAGUAGAGAAGAUUCGCACUUUUUAGGGGGCAUUACAGGGUUCGACCAGGGUCUUUCCCAGUUUGGAAGCUCUUCGUCUGCUUUUGGGACACAGCCAAAAAUAGAGCAUGCUUCAAAGAAUUUCAACCUGCUAGAUCUUAACUCAGCAAUGGCAGCAUCGCGUUCCUCGUCUGGGCGUAUUUCUGUGCGUCAGCUCCAAGAGAAAGGGAACGAAAACUUGGAGGAGCCCUACUCGACUAGCGUUGCAACUCUGCAACUCAGGAAUGGGCAGCAGACCAGUUGGAAUGGACCAGAUACUGGGGUUGCAAACGCAGGAUAUCCUUAUUCACGGGAGGUCAGAGUGGGCCAGCACUCAGGAGUGGACAAGUCAUUUCUUGUUGAAGGAAGUGACAUAGAUACCACUGAGGACGGAGCGAGGCAGUGGUCAGAGCUGGCAGUGCAAGCAUCAGCGCCACCAGGUGAAGAGUCAGCCUCGCGAAGAUCUGCUUUAGCUGGACUGGAGAAUGAGGAUCCAGUGUGGGGUGUUGAACAGCGGACACGGCGGCCCUCCUCAGAAUUGUCGCGGACGCCACCCCGGGCCCUGGCAGGAGGGCCCUCCGAUCCAGGUGGCAUGCAGCCAGCGCGGUCGCACUCUCUGUCGAAGCACAGGCGUGGGUCCAGCCAGAGCGAGGACGGGGUGGGGAUGUUCAAGGUCAAGUUUCUUUGCAGUGCUGGGGGUGAGAUAAAGUUCACGGAUGGAAAGUUGCGGUAUGUGGGGGGCGAGACGCGCAUUUUCACUGUGAGCCGGGACAUCACGUACUCGGAGCUCAUGUUCAAGCUGACAGAAUACUACAGCGAAGCACUGAGCCUCAAGUACCAGCUGCCCGACAUGGACUUGGACACGCUCCUGUCGGUGUCCAACGACGAGGACCUGAAUAGCAUGAUGGAAGAGUAUGACGAGAUUGAGCGGAACUCAGCAGAGGGCAAAGCGCAGCGGCUGCGGCUGUUUCUCUUCCCGGCAGAGGGCAAAGAAGGGUUGAGAGCGCCCUAUGAAGAUGCAGGGCCCAACUUUGAGAAGUACUUUGGGAUGGAGGAUGCUGUGCCGCAGUCCGUCCUUCGUACCACAUAUCAUUUCGACGACGUGGAGCAGCGUCCUGGGACUGGCCCUCAGUAUGGUCAUCAAGGCGCGUACUCUGCGGGCCCGCCGCGGCUGGACCUGGGGGGCCUCAGCGCGGAGCACCUCCAGCAGCAGCAGCAGCACAAGCUGCACCAGCUGCAGGCCUUCGACGAGCUCUGGCACGCGCACCAGCACGCCGACGGCCGCCCACCAGAGCAUGCCCGCCCAGACCUGCCCCCCUUGCACCCCAGCCGCACCUCCCCCCCUGCCAGCACCCAGGAGGCAGGCAUGCUGCGCGUGCGCUCCCGAGACAACCUGGCCCGCCUGGGGGACAUGGCUGCACUAGAGGGCCACCCGCGCUCCACCAACUCGUCUCCCCGCCACGACGAUCAGGCUGCUGCGGCCUUUGCCGCGGCGGGGCAUGGGGAUCCCUACACGCCGCACCCGCUGCCGCCACGGCCUCCGUCUGGUGGCCAGCAAGGGCGCCUGGGCCAGCACAUGCAGUCGGAAUCGGCACUGGACCUGCAGGAGGGGCAGUUUGGAAGUCGCCUCCCACAGCCGCCCUCCAUGCCCCAGCUUCAUGCGGGGUUGGCAGGGGUCCCUCUGAAACUGAACCUCCAUUCAGAGCCAGCCUCCCCAGGGUAUGCACAUGGCCAGUACAAGAGAGCUGGGGGACUGGGGGAGUUUGGGGAGUCAGCCUCGCCCCAUGAGACCCCCCGGUAUGGCCGCCGGCACACUGCUGUCGACGGUUCCUCUCCUCCGAUGGCGGACUCUCAUGUGCAGCACCCCCCUUCCCACGUCGAAGCCUUCCGGCGGCAGCACAGCCAGCACCCACGCUCGCUGCCGGGCUCUCCCAGGCAGAUGGAGUUCCGCGAGCCAAUAGGGGAGGCUUGGCACCACGAUCAGAUGAUAUCCCGCUUCGCACAGCAUGGGGCCUCGGAUGCCUCCCUGCGUGGGUUUCCGGCGGAUCAGGCAGGCGUGGUGGGCAGCCCCGGAGGGCACUUGUAUCGUGGGCGUGUAGGGGACGGGAGUGGUCGGUGGGCCGGAGAUGCGGGCUUGUGGCGAGCGGAGCAGGCAGCAGACGUGGAGGUGGCGCAGCAGGGGUACUUGGAGAUGGACACCCGCGAGCGCCCGUAUGAGGCCGCUCAUGGUGGCCCCGCAGGCGGCGGGGACCAGAGGGUGCACCGCUGGCUGGACGGGCAGAGCGGGGAGCGGGAUGCACACUACGGCGACAGUGGCGGGCGCAUGCCCCGGUCCGCCAGCCAGCGCCAGCUGCAAGAAGGGGAGCCCUACUGGCAGGCCAAGACAGAGAGGGAGCUGCGGCAGGACUCGGGGGCGCGGGACGGCCUGCCAGGGCUGGCAGGGUCCUGGGACGAGGGGCGGCGGGAUGUCUACCCCGAGGACCACGGGGAGGGGGCUUCCGAGCCAUGGCAGGAUGGGCGCAGGGUACCCCUCAGCUGGGGCCAGGAUGUGGGGAGAGGAGGCAUGCCGAGAAGAGGGUCCAACCAAGACCUGCAUCGCACCGCAGGUGACAGCGGCCAGGCGGGGCCGGACGCGCCAUUCUUUGUGGAGGAGGGGCGCGAAGCAGCCUCCCUGCUGCAGAGAAGGGGGUCCCGGCGGGAGCUGCUGGGGCCCCUGGCACUGCCCCCUGCUGCUCCCUGGUAUGGAGGUGGGCCGGAGGAGCUGCGGGCGAGCCCCCGCGACAUGGCCACCACCAAGCCUCCGGAUUUCGAUUUCCCGCAACAAUUGCCUCCAAGAGGGGUGUCUCCGCCCACAGCAAUCCCCCUCCCUGCGAGUGGCUUCCAGCCGUCAGAAGCGUACCCUGCGCUAGGGGACACCCCUCCGCCACCGGCCGAACUGCUUCAGCUGAGCGCCGGCUCCAGCUCCCAGAGCCGGCCUCCACCUCAUCCCCUUUCCCCGGGGAACAGUGGGGCCCCGCGCCCCUCUGCUUCGCCUGUUAACGCCCCAUAUUCUGAUGGGCCCGCGCCGCUGCCCCUGUCCCUCGCUGCCUUGACCAGGCCUGAGGCCGUUUCCCAGAACGGAGUCGUACAAGAAGCUCCCAGCAUCACCAGUGAUGUCAACAGCCUCGGGCCGAUGGCUGGCCGCGGCGGCAAGCCCGUGUAUUUGCCGAGCCCGGGCAAGGCCCCUUCCCCUCCUGUGCUCCUGGAGCUACAGGACCCUAGCCUGCCCCAACUCAACCUCGGACGGCCUCUCGUGGGCGGACCCCUGUUGCCCUCGCCGGAUCUAGCCAUGGCCCGUCCCAGCCCUGUCAGCAUCCUGCAGCAGCCAGAGCCAGUGGUCCCUGUUCCGUCCCUCGUCUUUGACGGUUUCCCCUCGCCUCUGGGGCACCUCUCGGUGGGGCCACCUGUGGCGCCUCUGGAGAGCGUGCUGUCCAUGGACCCCCACUACGGGAUCCCCCCUUCCCUGGCCCCGCCAGCCUCUGGCCCCCUCCCCAGCAUCCCCCCCAUCGCAGAAAACAGCCUGGCGGAGCCGGUGCCCCUCUUCCGCGCGUCCCCUCCCCAGAGCCCCACCAGUGGCGUCAGCUCGGGCAUCAGUGCGGCCUGGACGGCUGCGCUGGCCGUCAGUGACUCCCCGCACACGAGCACCGGGGAGGCCGCGGACUGGGCUGCUACACGCCUCGCAGAGGACAUGGCGGCCGCGGUGCUGCAGAGCCCGCUCAAGGCACCACCGCUGGGCCAGCCAGAAGUAACUGCCGCGCACGGCUCGGCGGUCGUGGGCGCAAGCAAGCAGAUGGGGACGGGCGUGGGGGAGAGGCUGCCCGUGUCAAUUGCUCCCCUGAGAAUCCUAGAGCCGGAGUGGGGCACGCCCCACUCAGGGCUCAAGCUUCUGACGGAGAGUGCGCGCGGGCGGGGCAACUCGUGGGGGCGCACGCAAAGUGGAGCAGUCGCGGGGGCAGACGGCGAGCAGCAGGUGGGUGCAGAGGCAGCGGUGGUGGUGCCCGUCUCCAAAGGGCCGGGCUUCGUGAAGAUCCAUCCAGAAGAGCAAAAGGUGCUCUCGCCCUCGUUGCAAGAGCGCGUCAUCCAGGAGCAGCGCCUGCCCUCCCGCUCCUCUGCGGACAAGCUGCCGGCCAGCCUGGGCACGCCCUCUCCCGCCCCCUCACUCGCCUCGGAACUGCCAGCAGCCCCUCCAGAGCAGCCCAGCAAGGAGGCCGCCCAGGCAGUGCAGCACGCCGGGGCCCCAGAGCCGCAGAGCCCUGCUGCGGAGGAGGGCGGCCGCGCGGCGGGGGUGUUGCAGCAGGCAGGCGGGGCGGGGUCCCCUGCGGGGGUGUCGCUGCACUCGGAGCAGCUGCGGCUGGUGGACGAUCAGAUCCGCUUCCAGUCGCAGUCGCAGCUGCUGUCCGAGACCCCCAGCGCCCAGCCCGCGGAGGACGCCGGCGCGGGGGCGGGCCCGUCGGCGGCGCAGGCGGAGAAGGAGGCCAAGUACGCGGGGCUGCAGGAGAUCUUCGACGGGGACCUGGAGGAGAUCCGCGAGCUGGGCAGCGGCACCUUCGGCACGGUGCACUACGGCAAGUGGCGCGGCACCGACGUUGCCAUCAAGCGCCUCAAGGCCAGCGUCUUCAGCGGCGGGGAGGACGAGGACAAGACGGAUGGGAAUAUGCAUUCUGGUGAUAUUUCGCUGUCUGGGGAUCUGCCGGUAGAGGUGAAACGCAGACAGAAUAAAGAGAUUGCGGACUUCUGGAAGGAGGCGGAGCUGCUGUCGUCGCUGCACCACCCCAACGUGGUCGCCUUCUACGGCGUGGUCAAGGACAAGGGCAAGCCCGUGGCCACCGUCACCGAGUACAUGGUCAACGGCUCGCUCAAGCAGGUCCUCCAGAAGAAGGACAGGACGAUCGACCGCAAGAAGCGCAUCCUCAUCGCCAUGGACGCCUCGUUUGGCAUGGAGUACCUGCACACGAAGCACAUCGUGCACUUCGACCUCAAGUGCGACAACCUGCUCGUCAACAUGCGCGACCCGCAGCGCCCCGUGUGCAAGGUCGGCGAUUUGGGCCUGUCCAAGAUCAAGAAGAAGACCAUGUGUUCGGGGGGUGUUCGGGGGACGCUGCCCUGGAUGGCGCCCGAGCUGCUGGACGGCAACAGCCACUUCGUCACCGAGAAGGUGGACGUGUUUUCGUUCGGCAUUGUGCUGUGGGAGCUGCUGACGGGCGAGGAGCCGUACCGCGACAUGCACCACGGCGCCAUCAUCGGCGGCAUCGUGAACAACACGCUGCGGCCGACCAUCCCCGCCUGGUGCGACCCGGCGUGGCGUGCCCUCAUGGAGCGCUGCUGGGCGCAGGACCAGAAGGCGCGGCCGUCGUUCAAAGAGAUCUCGGACCAGCUGCGCGCCAUGUACGCAGCGCUGUCCAAGCCCGGGCGCACGUGACGCCGGGGGGGCCAAGGCCCACACGCUGGGGCGAGGGCCGUGGACGGGAGCGUCACGUUGUCAUGUUGUGGGGCUGAGGAGGAGAAGCGAGCGUGGGGAGAGGCAAGGCCGGGGAGCUCGCACCAAGCCGUUUCUAGGAGUCACGAACUUGUUCAGUUGAAUUUGAGCAUGUACUAUAAACGAAUGACGUAGAGUAUGGUGAAAUAGUGGAGUCAACGUGUCGGAGUUCUCGAAUUGCAGGACUAGAUUUUCCGUGUCAGUCUGUUGAGGGCAUAUGAGGAUAUUACGAGCAUUGCCAAGCGGAGACCGUACCAUAGUUGGCCAAUAACGCUUGAACGAGCAGUUAAAGAGGGGAUCCACAAGGCCCCUCGAGAGAGAUCGUUCGCCACGGCAUGACAGCGGCAACGCCAGCCUCGUUGUCUGCCAGGUUCUCUUUUUCGUUGCCGCACCAUGUCGUCCAGUAGUUGUUGUCAAAGAAGAUAGAAGAACAUAGUUGCACGCAGCCAGGAUAGAAACAUAGUAAGAAAUUUGCUUCUAGGAUCGAGGGAAGUUACGGGAGGCCCUUCGUUGACAAGGAGAUUCAAAAGACAUUUUACCAAUUGUUACGAACGGCUGUCCCUCGGAGUUAUGAUUAACGUGCACAUUUUGAAGGCUCAUUUGAUGUUGCAUGGUCG